GCAUAAUUGUAAAUCUGAUGGAUGUCUUGUAGUAGCACCAGCCAAAACUGCAGAAGUUGCGCUAGAAUCGCAUCUUUACAAUUGACUGUGCACAACCUUAAACCGCCUGGAAUAAAAUCCAGAUACACGUCAAACCGUAAAUUCCUCCAGAUACACGUCUCAGGGAUAGAACUUUCCAAACUCGUAUAAAUGCCCCGAUAUGCUCGUCUUUCUCUACUUCACUCACUUUGAAAAGAGAUCUCCCGCCAGGAUGAAAACUCCAGUUCAAACACCUCGCAAACAACGAAACCCUAGAAAUUCAUCAACUCCUCCAGUGAAACGAACUUCAAAUCUUCUUCACAACGAAUCCAAAGAGGUAAGAUCGAAACCAGAACAAAACCAAAAUCUCUAUCUUCUUACAUCAUAUACUGAUUUUGUGUUUUGUUUCUGUUUUUGGUUUGCGAAGAUCGUUUCUCCAUCUCCGAUGAUGAUUUCACCCGUUCCUGAAGAAACUAAAGUAAGGUCACCUGAUGUAGAAUCAUCGAUGGAAUCUGUAGAGAUUCUUGAUUCUUAUUUUAUUUUUACUCCAACAGCAGAUGAGAAUCUCGUUUUCGAUACCGAUUCGUCUCUCUCAGCUUUAUCUGAAAUCACCAGUUGCACCGUGACUCCGGCUCAAGCUAAAUCUUCACCUCUCUCAGCUUCAUCUGAAAUCGCCAGUUACACAGUGAAUUCAAGUCAAGCUAAAUCUGACGAAUCUGAAAUCUCAAACGCAACAGAAAUUUCCAAAAAUCUUGAGUUCCCUGAUGAUUCAACUCUCGCUGCUUCAUUCGAAGUCAUCAACAGCAACAUUUCGCCUAAUGAAUCUGCAGAAUCAGAAGCUAUUUCAUCACAUUCAAAGAAGAAGACAGAGAACAAGGACGCGGAGGAGAUGAUGAUGGUAGAUCUUCUCAAGCGAUCUGGGAUUGACUUGACUCGGCGGAAAUCGUUACUGAAGAUCGGUGGCACAAAUCUCAAUGAUGACCUUUCUGAGUUUAUGUGUGUGAAGGCUCGAGUUGGAAUUUUCUAUUUCGUUAUAUGGAUCGGCGUCGCUUUGAUCAUUUUGCUCUCCAAGUCAAGCUCAUCUGGAGUAUCGAUAUCCCUCACUCCUCCGCCAACUUGAUUUGAUCAUCUUCAUCACAUUUUAUACGGUUAGAUUUGAUCAUCUUUAGAUCUUUUUACUUCUGAUUGUAUUGGUGAUGAACAAUAAAUUAGCUGGUGAUGAUGAUGAUGUAACCGGAUUUAACUGAGGAACUCUUACUGUUACUAUUACUAUUGGUAAAUAAAUAGAUUCAGAUAUUCACUGA